AACGAUCGGUUCAGUACACAUUCACAAGGCAUUACAGAAUGUGGUUGACCGCUGCGCUGCUACUAUUGGCUACCAUCCAUGGAGGGAUCGCAGCCACGUGCGAUUUUCCUCAGUCGCUGUGUUUUGAUUCAGAGCCCGCGUUAAAAAAUCUUGACCUGUUGGAAGCAGCCAUCAAAGGAAUUGGUACUUCGCCUUCUUCCUCCACCAAACCGGAUGAUUUGAUCACAUUGAUCAAUCAAAUAACCAGCAAGUUGCAGGAAUCCGAAGAUUUUGCGCCCAGCAGCUACAAAUCCUGUUCCGAUGUGCCACCCAAUUCUCCGUCAGGAGUAUAUAAGCUAAGGGGCGAGUUUGGCAGCUCGCAGAAAGCAUAUUGUAACAUGAGCUAUGCUGGUGGUGGCUGGUUGGUGUUUCAGAAUCGGUUCAACGGCUCUACCGAUUUUUAUCGUAAUUGGAAUGACUAUCAGAACGGCUUCGGUGAUUUGGAGACUGGUGAGUUCUGGUGGGGUCUAAACAAUCUGUACCGUGCGACAAACUUGGCACCACACGAGCUCGCCAUUGUUCUGGAGGAUUUCACCGGAAAUAAAACUGUAGCAAGGUACAGCGCAUUCCAGAUAGGCGACGAAUCUGAACUAUAUCGCCUAAAUGUACUGGGAACGUACAACGGAACGGCGGGCGACUCCUUGCGACGGCACCAAGAUAUGCCAUUCACUACCAUCGAUAAUGACAAUGACGAAUACACGUUAAACUGUGCCGUACAGUUUACCGGUGCAUGGUGGUACAGGAGUUGCGCUGACAGCAACCUUAAUGGUCAGUAUCUUGGUGGUGCUACUAGUCUAUACGGUAAGGGUAUGAUAUGGACAACUUUUGGAGGAAUGAGUUACUCACAAAAAAUUUCACAAAUGAUGAUUCGUCGAUUGGCGUAAGCUGUUUGGUGAAAAAAGUCAUUUGAAAAAUAAUAAAAUAAUUAUAUUCUAUCAAAUAGACUACCAUUUA